GGUUGGCUAAAGAUAAUGAAGAUAAACAGCAAUUCCUUUAACUACGUCUAGCUCUGGGACAACUCCUUGCAAACAGGAACUUAGCAACCUAAGUCACGACUGCCGGAGCAAAUAAAGUGUAGAAUAUCCCUAAAAAGACAAGCCUGGCCGUUUGCUUCGCCCCCUUCCUGUACAGCUGCAACCAAUCCACGCCCUGAACUUCGGGAGACACGUGGGGAGAGGGCCGGGGGCUAGAGAGAAAAUGCGUAAGGCUCGUUCUCUCCUCUGGGAUUGGCUGAACGCGGACAGGUGUCACAACACCGGAAUCUUCGUUCUGACAGCUCCCAAUUGCCUUCAUUUUCCAAAGCUCUAUGUGGGGGUAAGAGGUCCCACAUCUCUCUUCCCCCACACGGGGGGAAACGAAGCACUAGACCCGGGCCGCAGACCCAGGAACGCUCAAUGGAGCCCGAAAGAUGAAAUAAGCAAAGUACACAGGGAAAAAGAGCCCACGUACACAGUUAACAAAGAUGAUUACGCCACACUAAACAACUUAAAACACGAUAACAGUCUUGAGGACCGUUUACAGACUGUACUAAUAUAUCCAAACAAUACCAAGACUGUCACUCAAGGAGGAUUUGAAUCUGUUUGCAAAUUCCACCGAACAGCAGCUCUAAAUGAUGAAAAUGAACCAUUUCAAAAUGAUGGUGAACAGUUAUCCUCUACAAGGCAAGCAGCACCACAAAGACCAUUUUAUGGUUCUGCCAAUCACAGUAGUGUAAAAAAGGAAAAAAAUCCAGAGCAAAAUGACACAUUGACAUUUUUUAUCAAAAAAGAUGUGCAUACUGAAGAAACUCUGGUAAACUCUCCCAAAAGUUCACUUCCGAGGGUCUACGAUGAAUUUGCAUUGCCUCUCCCAAUAACAGAAGAGUCAUUGCUUGACAGCAUUAUUAAGGACACCUCCCUAAACCUCAAGAAGACCUCGAGCUUCUUGUAUGAGAAUAACAUGUGCACAGAGAUUGGGGAAUCACUUCUUAAAGAAGGGUUUGACCAGACUGCUAUUCACAAAGCCAAGAUUGAUGCUGAGCAAUAUGUUGAACACACAAAGAACUCAGAAGAGACCAGCGUUCUACAUCUGCCAUGCCCUCUGGACAAAAACAAAGACUUUGUUCAAGAUCUGACGCAGUCAAAUAGAUGUGACCAAAAAAACAGAAUGAGUAACAUUGUCUGUCAUCAGUUAGAUGGGGAAAAUCACAGCUAUUGCCUUCAGAUUAGAAGUGUUUUUGUUAGCCCAAAGGAAUCCCAGAAUGCUAGGGAGGCUCCUGAGAAGUCAAACAUUUGUCCAAAGGAAGUAAGGACAGAGUCUCCAAACCGCCAUGAGAAUUUCCUAACUUAUUUCACUGACACCAGUACUUGGAGUGAGGCAUCUAUAGAGGAUUUCAAUCCCCAAGAUACAAAGCAUGGUUUUGAAAGUUUGCAGCCCCUGGAGGAAGAGCAUAUAGAUUUGAAUGAUGUCAUAAAUACAUUAAAACAAGAUAACCAUAAGCAGCAAAGUAAAAUAACAGAAUUGGAGUAUAGUAACUUCCAUUUAGAGAAUAAUGUCAAAGAGCUACAAACGAAAAUUUCCAAACAACAGGUAUUUGUUGACAUUAUAAAUAAACUGAAGAAGAAUGUUGAAGAGCUUAUUGAAGACAAGUACAGGGUUAUCCUAGAAAAAAAUGAUAUUGAAAACUCCUUGAAGAAUUUGCAGGAGGUUUCAACUGAAAUGCAAAAACAGCUUGAGGAAUCUAUGCUUGAAAAGAACACUUUAAUAUUAGAGCUUAAAAAGAUGAAAAAAGAUUAUGUUCUUCUUCAGGAGAAGCAUAAGAAUGAAUUAGAGCUCAAGAAUAAGUCCAUAAAUUAUUUUUUAGAAAUGGACAAAACCUUAAACAAGAAAGAGGAAGAAAUGGGGAGGUUACAAAAUCUCAGAGGAGAACUGGGGAAAGCAGCUUCCACUAAGGAGUUACUCCAAGUAGAAUUCCAGAGACAUGAGGAAGUCAAGAUGCAGGAAAGGCAGGAGUUGAAGUCCAAUCUUAGCAAAUUGGUUGCUCAAGUUAAAGUUCUGCAGUCAAGUUCUGAAAAUGAAAGGGCUAAGAAUGCCAAGUUACAGCAGCAGAUCAAUGAGGUAAAAAAUGAGAAUGCAAAAUUUCAGCAGCAAAUUGCAAAGAGUGAGGAGCAAAAUUAUAACUGGAAACUUGAAACAGUUCAGUGGAAGCAACAGCUGGAAGAAAUAAGGAAGUCAGACACUGCAAAGAAAGAAGUGUUAAAGAAAAAAGAAAGAGAGUUAGAGUGGAAGAUACACAUGUUGGGGAGUUUUCUUCAGGACAUGAAGACAAUGCAUUCAAAUUUGUUCCUGGACUGCCCGCCUUUGGAAGAAGAGAGUUUAAAUUCACCAUAUAUGAAAAAAACUUCUCAGUUUGUAUCAAAGAUGCACAAUUUAAUGGCUCUGAUGAUGGGACUGCUUACCUGUGAGGAUACAGAUAGUCCUGAUAAUGAACAUUUGCAGGACAGUGAGAAUGUUUAUGAAAAAAUGAAGCAUUUCAACUCUAAGAAAAAAAGUUUGGAAAAAGAGCUACUGAAACAUAAGGAAAGAAUCUCAACUUUUAGGGAGUUAAUUGCUAAUGAAAAAGUUUCUCAAGAAAAAGUUUUUGAGGUAACAUCAUAUGAAGAGAUUAUAGAAUGUGCUGACCAAAGGCUUGAGAUGUCUCACUUCCAGAUUGCACAUUUGGAAAAGAGGAAUAGACAGUUGGAAGAUUUAAUUAAGAAGCCUAAAGUGCCAACCUUAAAUUUAAGAACAAAAGGUUUAGAAAAACAGCCAAAGUCCACGACUGCAGUAUACAAUAUCUUAGAAGCAAAAAGAAAAGACUUAAAUUCAUCAAAAGUGAAGACUAAAUAUUGCCAGUCGUACAGCCAUCCCGUGAACAGAUUGUUUCCACAGUGAAGUGUCCAAAUAAUAUAUGUAAUAUUGAUAUAUUAAAGUUAAUGUAAGACAAA